UUUGAGUUCUAACAUUCUAUUAUGAGCGAUUUGUGCUAGAUUGCUGGUCAUGAUGGUGAGUAUCUAAUGUAUGUUUGUCAAGAAUUGUAAUGCAUUGAACUACAGAAUAACAAAUUACUGUGUUAGAAAUGUUUAUGUGAACAUCGAGGUUUGAAUUACAAUAAACUAAAGGAGAGGGCCUUUAAUAACUAUAUUUAGUACUAAAGUAAUUUGGAAUAGGAUAUGACAGAUAAUUAAAGUUUGCAAAAUAAAAUAGAGCAAGAUAUUAAAGAAAUAUAAACAAAAGUUUUGAAAAUUUGUUCUGAAUUAUAAAAAUCUUUGAUUGAAUUUGUUGAUCAAUAAAGUAGAAAAAUAUCGAUGAAUAAAACAAAUGCAGAAAAGUUAAUGCAAGAUUCUAAUCCUUCGCUUGAUACCUAUAUAUAUUUCGCUAAAUUUUCUGAUGAAAAAAAAGUCCAUGAGUUGGCCAAAUAAUAAAUUACUUAAACAAUUGAUGAUUUAAUUUCGGAUUUCAAAUAAAAAAUAGAGUAUCUAAAGCCAUCAACCAUUAAUGGAAACAGUAUAAAAAUUGAGGAACAAUCAUUUAAGAUAGAAUCAAUCUUUUAGAAAAAAUCUCCUUUCGGAUACUGCCAUGAACAUUGUAAAUGGAAAUCUUCAAUAUGCACCAAUAUUAAAUGUUUAGAGCUAAGUGAUUUAGAAUAUCAUUGUGAAAGAUGUUGCAAAACUUCUCAUGCCGAGCAUUUUUUAAAUGAUUUUUUAUAUGAGUAUGAUAAAUUGAAAAAAGAAUAAAAUUUGAAAUUAUCUUUUAUAUCAAAUGAAAAACAAGCAAUUAAAGUAUAGGCUUAAAAAUUAAUAAAUGAUUUGAUAAAUGAUUUAAGAAAAUUCCAGAAAGAAUCAUAUUUUAAAUAUGAUGAGGAGAUUAAAAUUAUAAAAGCAUUUUUUUAAGAUUUUGAAAAAGAUUUGUCUUAUUAAGAAACUAAAUAUGUUUUUGGUGAUUUAUUAUUUUUAAUCAUUUCCACUAAUGAAGAAGAAUUUUAGUAGAAAUUGAAUUAGCAGUACCAAAAUUUUGAAUAAAAACUUUAAAGUUGUAGGAAAAAGAUUGCAGUAUAAUUUUCAGAACAAAGCUAAAAGUUAUAAGAGAAAUAGGAUGAAAUUAUGAGGCUAAAGAAAACUAUACUAGAACUAGAUUAGAUCCUUUUUGAAAAGGAGUUAGAAAAUAAGUCACUAGAAAAUUAGAUUAUAUAAAUUAAUACAGAAAAAAAUUUAAAAGUAGCGUCAUAAUAAAAUCCGAGAUAUGAUUAAGUUUAACGAUAAAAAUAAUAGACAUACGAAACAUUACCAUGGAAAUGUCAAUAAAAAUAUCAAUACCUACCAUAUCCACAUCCAUAACAAAAGGAAUUACAUUAACUAUCUAAAUAUCAAUAAGAAUCAAUAUAAAAUUAAAAUUAUAGAAAUUACGACAACUCAUAAAAACCUACUCAACCAAUUGCAUUUUAAGAGAAAUAUUUAGCAUCACCCCAAUAAAUUUAAUGGAAUUAACAGAAAAAAUGAUGAUCUAUAGAGAUCACAAAAAUGAUAAUAUUG